CCGCCGGCGCCGCUGCUGCUGCCGGCGCCUCCGCAGCUGCCGGCGGCGUGCGGCGCGCGUCAGCUGAGCAAGCUGAAGCGCUUCCUGACGACGCUGCAGCAGUUCGGCUCGGACAUCUCGGCCGAGAUCGGGGAGCGCGUGCGAGCGCUCGUCCUGGCGCUCGUGAACUCCACGAUAUCCAUCGAAGACUUCCACUCGAAGCUGCAGGAGGCGACGAACUUUCCGCUCAGACCGUUCGUGAUUCCGUUCCUCAAAGCCAACCUGCCGCUGCUGCAGCGGGAGCUGAUGCUCUGCGCUCGCCUGGCCAAGCAAAGCCCCUCGCAGUACCUGGCGCAGCACGAGCGGCUGCUGCUGGAGGGGAUCCCGCACGGCGGCGGCGGCGGCGGCGGCGGGGAGAGCCACUCGCCGGUCGGCGCCGAGGCCACCGACGUCGCGGUCGGGGAGGUCAACCAGAACGGGAAGCGGCGCGCGAUGGACAAGAUGAAGGGGGCGGCUCUGGAGGGGAUCGUCGCUUCUCCUCCCGACGCGGCGGUGGCGGCGGUGGCGGCGAAGCGUGCCCGCGUGCUCAGCCCCAUACUUCACCGAUUCAGCCCCGGAGCCAACGGCCUCCCCGCCGGCGGCCGUACGCCGACCGGUGGGUUAGAGACGCCGGGCGGCGGUGGCAUCGGCGGCGGUAAUCUCCUUCACCCGGGACACAUCUCAACGACCACCAAUGGGGUUGCAGCUCCGAGCCACCACCACCACCAGCAGCAACAGCAUCAUCAUCAUCAUCCGCAGCAGCAUCUGCAACAACAACAACUUCAUCAUCAUCAGCAGCAGCAUCAGCAGCAGCAGCAUCACGUGACCUCGCCGGGCGUGCCGGGGUCGCCGGCGACGGUGGGCCUGCGGUACGCGGCGGACGAUGCGACAAGGGAGGGCUACGGCGCGCGGCAUCACCAAGGCGCCGACGGGAGGGAAAGCGGCUCGGAGAGACGGAGAGCGCUGAUGGGUCUCCACGGAGCUAGGCCCCAGGACGUGGUCGACCACCGGCUGACGGAUCGCGAGUGGUCCGAGGAGUGGAAACACCUGGACAAUCUGCUGAACUGCCUGCUGGACAUGGUGGAGAAGACGCGGCGAGCGCUUACCGUCAUGCGCCGCUGCCAGGAGUCGGACCGCGAGGAGCUGGCGCACUGGGCCCGGCGGUACGGGGACAGCGAGGAACUCCGCAAGGACGCGGGCCGCGACCUCGGGACCCCCCGGUCGUCUCCCGCGUUCGUUCCGGACGAGAUCUGGAGGAAAGCCGAGGAGGCUGUGAAUGAGGUGAAGCGCCAGGCGGUGACGGAGCUGCAGAGAGCCAUGGCGGACUCGGAGCGCAAGGCGCACGAGCUGAUCGUGACGGAGCGAGCCAAGAUGGAACGGGUGCUCGCCGACGCCAAGAGGCAGGCGCUUGAGGACGCCGCCAUGAUCGUCCUGCAACAGGACGACUCGACGGAGAGCUGCUGGAACUGCGGGCGCAAGGCGAGCGAGACCUGCAGCGGCUGCAACUCGGCGCGCUACUGCGGCGCGUUCUGCCAGCACAAGGACUGGGAGCGCCACCACCACGUGUGUGGCAUGGCGCAGCACAAGAAGCUGUCCCAACAGCAGCAGCAUCACCACCAGCAGCAGCAACAGCAACAGCAGCAGCAUAUUCCCGAGGCUAUGUCUGCGGAACCGCCGUCCCCAAGUAUCUCGCCAGGCCCUGGAGGAGGGUCGCCUGCGAGCGUGGUCAAAAUUCAGUCGGGCACCCCGAGACCGGCCACUCCGGACGACUCGGUCGUGGUCGAGCCAGCGUCCUGCUAAGUUGCCCAUGGAAACUGUUGCCUACUUUUAAGGCCUUGCAUUUUUUUUUUGUCAAUUUUAUUCUUGUUUGGAGUUUUCUGAUGGUGGAUCGAAUGUUACAGAAGCUUUGCAGUUUUACCGCUCGCCCUCCCGUCCCUUUGGCGGUCGCGAUUACUUUACAAUCUGAUCAUUUUAUAAUCUGAUUAUUUUAUACAUUUGAUGAGGCUCACACCGCUAAACGCUACGCAGCAAAACAACAGUGACACGUGCGUGAUUCGAGCCGCCGCCCGCCGCUUAUAAAGUAUUCGCGACACUCGAUUGAAAUCGAUGAAAAGCAUUUUUUUUUUAAUUAAAGCAAGUUUUUUUUUACAUUUAUUGUGGCGUCCAACAGAUUUCUGAAAAAGAAAGGUUGGGGGGGGGGGGAAGGGAAGUAUUAUUUUGACAAAAAAAAAUAUUGGUGCAGAAAUCCACCAACCGGGUGGGGAGAAAGGGGCGGAGUGGGGGAGGGGUUCGGAAAAAAAAACAGAAAGAUUUCUGCUGUUGCCGUUUGGACGUCUUCCACAAAACGGUGGUGAAAUGGUGACAACAGCAACAACAACAACAACAAAACCCCAACGUCGAAAGCAACGAAGGUGUUAAUGGUGGUUUUUUUUUACUUAAAAAUAUACGAACGAACGAAAUGGCUUCACCGCAGGGACGCGCGUUUUGCGUUCAAUGGAAGCGGUCGCUUGAUGGCUUAUUUCAACCUUUUUACCCGUGGGAAUUGCAGCAAAGCGAUGGAGACGGGGGGGCGGGGGGGAGAGGGGGGGAUGAAGCAUUGAACUGGACCGACGAUCGAUGGUUGCUUCAGAUUGUGGAACUGGCGGAAACAAUUUGGAUUUUGGUCAAGAGCACAAAAGAUCAGACGUGGGGCGGAGG